AUGGCGGCAACGAAUAAUUGCCGGGAAUGUUCGGGAACACUUCUUUAUGGUUGGUGCGCAAAAUGUCAACCACGUAAACCAGGGGAAGGAAUUAACGAUAAAUGUUUGGAAUGCUCGAACGUGACUUUUUUCGGUUGGUGCAAGACGUGCACCCCAC